AUGCCUAUUCUCGACGUCACCAAGGACAUCGCUGCCCUCUUUGAGCAGCAGGCCAAGGUCACUCCUGACGCUGUGGCGCUUGAGGAUGAAUCGCGAACCUUCACCUAUGCUGAGUUGGACCAAGAGACACAGACUCUCGCCGAUCAAUUGCGCCGGCAUUAUGGAGUCGGCAGAGACAGUCUCGUUGGUGUGCUCAUGAAUCGAAGUGCCGACUACGUAAUCGCUUCUCUGGCAGCUCUUCGCGCUGGCGGAGCUUUCCUGGUUCUUGAGCUCGCAUAUCCCUCUGGGCUCUUGCGCGAUGUCAUCCAGGACGCAAAGCCAUCAGUGGUUAUCACUCAAAGCGCGCACGUCAACCACAUCAAGGCGGAAGUGCCUAUCAUCGUUAUUGACGAACCCAGCAAAACGACUGUCAAUGGGCACGCAAACGGCGAACUUCCUCCGUUGCCUGCCAGCGAUGAUCUCGAGCGUCUCAUGUUCGUAUCAUACUCUUCUGGCACCACUGGCCAACCCAAGGGAAUCUGCAAUCCCCACAGAGCGGCGGUGCUCUCGUAUGACCUCAGAUUUGGUCUCAGCGACUUGCAACCGGGCGACCGUGUAGCUUGCAAUGUGUUCUUCGUUUGGGAGAUGCUUCGACCCCUGUUGCGCGGAGCCACAGUCUUCGCCGUUCCGGACAGUGCCAGUUACGACCCAUCAGCUCUUGUCAACUUGCUUGAGUCUCGGCAGAUCACAGAUACGCUCAUGACCCCUACCUUGCUGGCUACCGUUUUGUCUCGUCACCCUGACUUGAGCAAGCGCCUCCCCAAGCUGCGGUCUCUCUGGCUGAAUGGCGAGGUGGUAACAACCGACCUCUGCCGCAGGGGAUUGAAGGCCCUGCCCGAAACCAGAUUUCUCAAUGUCUACAGCGCCUGCGAGACUCACGAGGUUGCAGCCGGUGAUAUCAGCACAUUCAUUGACUUUGAAGCCCGUGUCUGCCCGGUUGGCGCACCGAUGAAUCCAGAGAACAUUUACAUCAUGGACGAAGACGGUAACAGAGUUGGCAACAAUAUCAGCGGAGAACUCUACGUGGGCGGUGACCUCCUGGCGCGUGGCUACCUCAACCUACCAGAAACAACUGCCAAGGCGUUCCAUCCGGAUCCUUUCGUCAACAAGGAAGGUGCACGCAUGUACCGUACUGGAGACCUCGCCAGAGUCCUUCCCUCCGGGCUCCUAGAGAUCACUGGCCGAGCAGGCGGUAUGAUUAAGACCCGUGGCUAUACCGUCCAACCAGGUGCUGUCGAAAACGCCAUUGUGAAGCACCUGGCUGUGAGUGACUGCGCAGUCUCCUCUCACGGAGAAGGCCUUGAGAGACAACUUGUUGCCUAUAUUGUUCGCGAUAAUGAUGACAAGCGGGGCCGGGGAGAUGUGGUCAUUGACGAUUCUGGAUACAGCCCUGCAGCUAGGCGUGUCCUUGGAGAGCAUCUUGCCCUGUACAUGAUACCAACUUACUGGGUCGAACUUGAGCAGCUACCUACUCACGGUGUCUCUGGCAAGACUGACUUGAAGGCCUUGCCGCCGCCGCCAAGCCCCAAGCUUGCAGUCAACGGCGAGAAGGAGCAAAACACCAAGAUCAAGCUCGAGACCGUCAAGAAGCUGUGGGCCGCUGCCCUCAACAUGCCCGAUAGUGCCAUCACCGAGGAGCACGACUUCUUUGACAUUGGCGGCCACUCCCUCAUUCUCGCAGACCUUGCAAACAGAUUCGCCAAGGAAUUUGGAUUCCCAGUCCCGCUUGCCCCUCUUGCGGGCACACCAACACUGCAAGGCCACCUGCAAGCAAUCUGCGAUGCUCGCGACGGUCACACCGCGGCCGUGCAGGCGGAUCUCCCUGCCGUCCUUCGUGCCGACUCCAUUCUGCCCGAUGACAUCCAGUCGAAUGGCACUCCCAUGCGGCGUUUGAACGAUGCUGAUACUGUGCUCUUGACCGGUGCCACCGGAUAUCUUGGUGCCUUCCUUCUCAAGUCCCUUGUUGAGACUACCUCGGCACAUAUUAUCUGCCUUGUUCGUUUCACGGAUCCUACCGACGAGAUGCGUGCCGCCGGAAUGGCUAGAAUCCGAAAGAACUUGAUCGAUCUUGGCAUCUGGGAUGACUCACUACUCGAUAGAAUGGAGGUCUUGCCCGGAAACUUGUCACGCGAACACCUUGGUCUUGCGUCAGAGGUUUACGACGAUAUCGUUUCUCGCGUUGAAGUCAUCAUUCAUGCUGCUGCAACUGUCAACUUGGUUUACCCCUAUGCUGCGCUGAGAAGCCCGAAUGUCGGAGGCACUAGAGAGAUCCUGCGCUUGGCAUCAAAGAGCGGUGCCACCCUUCACCACGUUUCUACAAACGGUGUUUUGACGCCAUCUGUUGCGGGUCACUCUGAAGAUGCCAUGGUUGACAUUGACGAUGUUCCCGAAAAGCUGAUAGACGGGUAUGGACAGACCAAGUGGGUGGCUGAGAAACUGGUCUACGAAGCUGCUCGUCGUGGAAUGCCGUGUAAGGUCUAUCGCCCUGGUACGAUCAGUGGUCACAGUAAGACAGGCUCGUGCAAUGCAUGGGAUCUUCUAAAUGCUCUCAUCGUCGAGUCAUUACAUCUUAAGACUGCGCCUUAUGUUGACGACUGGUUCGCCGAGAUGACGCCUGUCGAUUUCGUCAGCGCAGCUAUCACGACUCUUGCCAACCACACCGACGCCGAGCAGCUGACCUACCACCUUGGUGACCCCAAUCCUGUCUCUGCAAACUACAUCUUUGACACCCUGAAUGAGCUCGGAUUUCCGACCAAGCGUGUGCCCUGGGACGACUGGGUUGAGCUAUGGACCAAGAAGAGAGGUUUCGGUACAGCAGGCGACGUCCCUUUCACCGUCGACAUUCUUCGCGGUGGUAUGCCCACUGCAGAGACCUUGAAGGCUGUGACCGUCCUCAAAGACGAGUCCACAGCACCCGCUCUACUCAAAUACAAUCUCCCUCGCCCCAAGAUCGAUACCGAUUUGCUCGAGACCUACACCCGACACUUCUGUGCCCGAGGUUGGCUUUCUCGACCUCCGCGCCGAGCAAACGCCAAGGGGGUCACAUCGCGUGUCAACAAGGGCCGAUUGGCUGGCAAGGUUGCCGUCAUCACCGGUGCCUCUUCCGGAAUUGGUGCGGCUGUUGCUGCCGGACUAGCUAAGGAGGGCGCUCAUAUCGCCCUCGCGGCAAGACGCACGGAAGCCUUGGAAGGUGUCAAGGCCAAGCUUGCUGGUACCGGCGGCAAGGUCCUCAUCCAUAAAACGGAUGUGACGAAGAAGGAGGACGUUGAGUCGCUCAUGCAAGCGGCAGCCGACAAGCUUGGGCCGGUCGAUAUCCUCGUCAGCUGCGCCGGGGUCAUGUACUUUACCAUGAUGGCGAACAACCAGACUGAUGAGUGGGAGCGCACUGUCGACGUCAAUUGCAAGGGUCUCUUGCACUGCUUGUCAUCUACGGUACCCGGCAUGCUCGGGCGAGGAAAGGGUCACAUUGUGGCCAUCUCAUCCGACGCUGGCCGAAAGGUCUUCCCUGGCCUGGGUGUCUACUCUGCCAGCAAGUUCUUUGUGGAAGCGACUCUGCAGAGCUUGCGUCUCGAAACGGCUGGUACGGGUCUUCGUGUCACCUCUAUCCAACCUGGCAACACGGCUACAGAGUUGCUGGGCAUUUCUACUGAUGCAGAGGCAAUCAAGAAAUACGGCGAGCCUACUGGUGCCAAGGUUCUGGACGCGGAGGACGUUGCUUCUUCGAUUGUGUACGCCUUGUGUCAACCAGAGCAUGUUGCCGUCAACGAGGUGCUCAUUGAGCCCAGAGAUGAGCCCAUUUAA